AUGCAAAUCUUCGUGAAGACUCUAACUGGCAAGACCAUCACGCUCGAGGUCGAGCCCAGUGACACUAUCGAAAAUGUUAAGGCCAAGAUCCAGGACAAGGAGGGCAUUCCUCCGGACCAGCAGCGUCUGAUCUUUGCCGGCAAGCAGCUGGAGGACGGCCGCACGCUCUCCGACUACAACAUCCAGAAGGAGAGCACCCUCCACCUGGUGCUCCGCCUGCGUGGUGGCAUCAUCGAGCCCUCGCUGGUCAUCCUGGCGCAGAAGUACAACUGUGACAAGAUGGUGUGCCGUCGCUGCUACGCGCGCCUGCCUCCCCGCGCCACCAACUGCCGCAAGAAGCGCUGCGGCCGCUGCAGCCAGCUGCGCCCCAAGAAGAAGAUUAAGGGUGGUAACUGA